UCGACGACACACCAGUUCGUGGCAAACCUCCGUCAACGCUGUACCUUCGACGAUCGUCGUCCAGCGCUCUCGUGAAAAUGACAUCAUUCCAAUUUGUAAACGUGUCGAUCCUAGCGAUUGUGCUACUGUGUUUGGUGUCCAGGGUCCACUUGCAAGAUGACCUAACAAAACUACCGGAAAUCGAUGGCUACAAGCUGCACUGCAUCGAAGCGAGUGGAAUCACUGAAGCUUCGGCCAAGAAGCUACGCAGCGGAGACAAAAUGUUAAGUCCCGAUCAAGCGACCAAGUGCUACGUUCAAUGUUUCUUCUCCAAACUUCGGCUCAUGGACGAGAAAGGUGUGGUGCAGAAGGAUAAGGUGCUAGCGUUUUUGACCAAGAUGAUGGCCGAAGACAAGGCCAAGAAGCUGGCUGAUAAGUGCGAUUUUCGAAGGACCAACCCUUGCGAUACGGCCUAUGCCAUGUUCGAUUGCUAUCAGGAGAAUAAAGCUAAAUUGCUUUGAGUGUUUUUAAUGAAGGGCGUAGAAGAAUCUUAUUGUUUUUGAUAAUACAA